AUGGCUGGGGUGCUGAAGAAGACUACAGGUCUCAUUGGACUGGCAGUAUAUGAGACCCCAUGGAAGCGGCUAAGAUUAUUAUAUUUGAAGAUUUUUGAUGCUCUUGAAUUUAUGCCCUCAAAUGCGGCCUAUAGAAAGUACACCGAACAGAUUACAAAUGAAAGGCUGAAUAUGGUAAAAGAGGAAACAGAUCUUCAAAAACUAGAGCAUAAGCUUCGGGCUGAAAAUGAAUUAUCACUGACAAGAAAAAUGUUGACAUGGAAACCCUGGGAGCCUUUAGUGGAAGAACCACCAGUCAACCAGUGGAAAUGGCCAUUAUAA